AUGGGUUGCGGGAAUUCAACUGCUAUAAAAGAGAAUCAGUCACUAGCUUUCAACAUUGCUACCCCCAGUAUCUACCGCGGAACUUUAUCUCAACAGGAGCAGGAACUUUAUGACUUUAUACUAGACGGCUAUAGAUCCUAUUCGUCAUCUUUGGAUUGUCUCAUGUACGCUGCAGCUAGAAGCCGAAAGUCUGCAAACAGAGUCAACCAGGCAGUACUUCUGGAUCACCCAGAGAUCUUCCACACCUUUGUUGAGUCUAUUUCCACAGACCAAGGCAAGUGCACCCUAACAUUUGCAGCAUUCAACCCAGAGAUAGUUAGGUCUAGGGCCCAGCAAAUCAUGGAAACGAUAGACCUCUACUUUAAGCCGUACUAUCAUUCUCAAGAAGUGGUCGGACGCACAGAAACGGACCUUGCCAAGAUUCAGGUCGUUAUAGAGUGGCUGCUCAGCUACGGAAGAUACGAGGUGCUUUCUGACACGGAUAUGUCUCAAUUCACUAUCGAGGGGUUCUUUCUCAGGCGCAGAUCUUCAUGUGAAGGUUUUGCCAAAGCGUAUCAGCUCCUUUGCUCCAUGAUCGGAAUACAGGCAACAUGUGUUCGCGGUGACUACUCUGUCAGAGAUGUAGCAGCCGAUGUUUCUAUCUUUUCUGCCCACCCGAAGGAUGCAUCUCCGCGAACAGUUUUCAGCACCCACGGAACAGACAAGUUCAACGUUAUGAAUGAUGUCACACAUCAGUACGAUCACAUAUACGGAGAGCAAGAUGCCAUGGUACUCGAUCUAGUGCAGAAGCAGCACAGUGAAGGUAUCCUUGCUGGGUCGACGAAUAUGAACAUGACCUUGAGCUCCAUCCAUCGUCCAGACAGUCUUGGUGGCCAUAGAUAUACAGGUCAUCUGACCAAUAAGGGAGAGAACGGCUCAGGUGAGUCGUUUGCAGGGAUAGCGGUAUCUGCUGAGGACGGUGAGAUAAUAAACAGGAAGAUUGUUGCCACUAAGAAGGGCACUAAGAAGAAUUUUGAAACUAUUGUGGAGGAGAUCAAGCCAGAGCCCGAUCUCAACUUGUCUGCCAGCCAGGUCCUCAAACCAUCCACCCAAACACAGAUCGGCAGAGACACGGAAGCAACUGCAAUUGUCUCAGGACCCCUGGGAAAUAGCAACGUCAUCUCUUUGCCUUCUAAAUCUGCCAACCGGCGGCACACGUGGUCGAUGACUAAGAUUGACGGUGCCUGGUAUCACACGGACGUUAUUCUCUGCCUCAGGGGAAUGGUGGAUGCAUACAUACCAUCUGCAUUUCUCAGAAUGUCUACCUCCAUCAUAGUGAAAAUGGGUCUCAACAUGAUGUCUCUCAUAAAGCCCUUCCCCGUUGACGCACCCGUUUUUGGAAAGAACACAUGCGUAUUGCGAUCGGAAAAAUCCAUUGUUGGUGACAUCGUCUCCUUUCUCUUAGCGAGGAUUGCAGAGCUGCAGAGCACACAUCAGAUCCAACCGUCUGAGCCCGGUUCGACUGCGCCCCGUCCAGGUCCCGGGUCCUCUGUAUCUGCAUCUGCUUACCCCGGUAUCCAGGACUCACUUGGGAUUAGCAUUUAUGGAGCCACAGUGGAUCACAGCAGAAAUGCAGCAGGGGAAGGACACGCUCCGUGGACACAAAUGGCAAUGAACAUAGGCGGGGCGAUGCCCUACAGUCUUGUUCCUCCAACAACAGACAAUAGCAAUGAAUCUAUGUAUGAGGAUAAACGGCAGCAGAGCUAUGAGGAGCCGAAUGCACAAGCGAAUUAUGAACAGUGGAAAAAAUCGCGCCUAAUGGCUCUACAGACGGCCUUUAUCAAUGAAUCACUACCUCCAAGCAUGCUUCCACCCAUACAAUCAUCUCAGUCGUCCGCACAGGAAGCCCCGUUAGUCCAACCAUCUCAAUCGUAUGCAGAUGAUGACCAGAGUGUAUUUUCUAGCACCUGGACAAGACCGGUGUCACAAGCGACAUAUCAGCCCCAGAACCCCGUAAAGCCUCAUGAUAUCCUCUCCAGUUUAGAUCCCGUGCUGACCUUUGAAUUUGUUUACGAAGUCAAUCUGGAUUGGUCCGUUGCCAGGCGGAUUGUCAAGGGGAAAAUGCCGUUUAUAUCGUCUCAGCUCAUGACCAAAGGAUAUCGGGUAUAUAACUACACUGUGGAGAAGUUCCUGACCACAAUAGUCAUAGAGCAGCGCCCGGCAGAAUGA